CCUAGAACCAUCUCAAUGAGAUGCAAACAUGAAAGACAAGAGGAAGAAGAAGGACCGCACCUGGGCCGAGGCUGCCCGCCUGGCAUUGGAAAAACACCCCAACUCACCAAUGACUGCAAAACAAAUACUGGAAGUCAUUCAGAAAGAAGGAUUAAAAGAAACAAGUGGAACCUCUCCAUUAGCUUGUCUGAAUGCAAUGCUUCAUACUAACACUCGUGUAGGUGAUGGAACAUUCUUCAAAAUCCCUGGGAAGUCGGGACUCUAUGCUCUCAAAAAAGAAGAAUCUACAUGCCCAGCAGAUGGAACAUUGGAUUUAGGAUGUGAAUCUGAGUUAGAUGGCACUGAAAUGGCUGAGACAAACAAUAGUAAUGGAGAAGAAAAUGGAGUUUGUCCAAAGCAGAUACCUGAAGAAGCGUCUUCCAAUCGAGACUCAAGCCUUACUAACACACCAGUGCAAAGCAAGCUAGUGUCUUCCUUCCAGCAGCACACCAAAAAGGCACUUAAACAGGCUUUAAGACAACAGCAGAAAAGAAGAAAUGGAGUCUCAAUGAUGGUAAACAAGACUGUUCCUCGUGUUGUUUUGACACCAUUAAAGGUGUCUGAUGAGCAGUCGGAUUCACCUUCAGGAUCUGAAUCUAAAAAUGGUGAAGCAGACAGUUCUGAUAAAGAAAUGAAACAUGGGCAAAAAUCUCCAACUGGAAAACAAACAAGUCAGCACUUAAAGAGAUUAAAAAAGUCUGGUUUAGGACAUUUGAAAUGGACCAAAGCUGAGGAUAUUGACAUAGAAACACCAGGAUCUAUUCUAGUGAACACUAACCUGAGGGCUUUAAUAAACAAACACACCUUUGCUUCCUUACCUCAGCAUUUUCAACAAUACCUCCUGCUUUUGCUUCCAGAAGUAGACAGGCAGAUGGGAAGUGAUGGAGUUUUGCGCCUCAGUAGUUCCGCUCUAAAUAAUGAAUUCUUUGCAUAUGCAGCACAAGGGUGGAAACAACGAUUGGCAGAAGGAGAAUUUACUCCAGAAAUGCAGUUGCGCAUCAGACAAGAGAUUGAAAAGGAAAAGAAAACAGAACCUUGGAAGGAAAGGUUCUUUGAAAGGUUUUAUGGUGAAAAGUUGGGAAUGUCAAGAGAAGAAUCUAUGAAGCUCACUUCAGUACAGAACAGUGAUGAAGACGAGAGUAGUUUGCUGUGUGGAUCUUCUGGUAUGCCUGGUCCUUCUAAACAAACAACUUUUGAGGACCAUGAACAGAAAAGCAUGAAAAUUCCACCUCUUCCUGAAAGAGAUUUCUGUCAGUCUCUUUGUAAUGUGGAACAGGUUCCAGUCAAGGAUCUAAUGGCGGAAUCAGAUUCAGAGGAUAUAUUGGUACCUGACGAAUCUGUAAUUCAGGAAGAGAUUGCUGAGGAGGUUGAGACAAGUAUCUGUGAAUGCCAAGAGGAGAACCAUAAAACAGAACAUGAGUUUUCUGAGGAGCCAGUAAGCCCAGCUGGUACUAAUGAAGAAGUAGAAGCAGUGCCACUUGCAGACAACUCAGCAUCCUGUGUUGUGAUGAAUGAUGUAGUUGAUACUUUGUCUCACAUUGAAAUUAAAGUGGAGUUGAAAUCAGAAUGUCCUCAGGAAGAAAUGUCAGUUGUGAUUGAUCAGCUGGAGGAUUGCUUAUCACCUGCACAAUCUGCUUCAUCUACGAACUCUGUCAGCGAUACAGCAGAGAGGGAUUCUGAGUCUACAAAAGAGCUAAGUGCUCCAGAAACACAAAACUCUGCUCUAGAAGGCUCAUUGUUCACUGAUGGAGGCAUUGCUGUUGAUAUGGAGCUACAGAGUGACGCUGAUGAACAGUUAUCUGAAAAUGCUUGUAUUUCUGAAACUUCCUUUUCCUCUGAAAGCCCAGAGGGACCUUGUAUCAGUAUUGCCUCUCCAGGAGGUGACACACAGUCCACUUCAGAGGAACCCUGUACUCCAGCAUCUCAUGAAACGGCUUGUUCAUCUGAGGCAGCCAGCAGUGAAAAUAUUGAACCUGAUAGUCAGCAAAAGACCAUUGAAGAAAGCCUGCACACACCUUUAAUGUCAGAAAUAUCUCCAGUGUCCACUUCACCUGUAACCUCAGAAGCAUCUCUGACAUCAAACUUACCUUUGACAUCAGAGGCAUCACCAGCUUCUAAUUUACCUUUAACAUCAGAAACCUCUCCAAUGUCUGAUUUACCGUUAACAUCAGAAACCUCUUCCGUGUCUUCUGUACUUCUAGCUUCUGAAACAUCUAUGGCAACCAGUUUACCUUUUCUGUCAGAAACAUCUCCAAUUUCUAAUUCCCCACAGAGUGAAAGACUCAUUCUGCAGCAAAGGAAAUCACCAUGUUUAUCUGAAGAAUCCCUCUCCCCUUUAAAAGAAGAAACUUCAACCAUUCCUAAGGCAUCUCAAGAGGAAAAUCUUAUUGCGCAAGAGAAACUGAUUCAGAGUACAGCUGAAACUAUGAAAAUGGGUCCUCUAGCAAAUAUACCCGAAAGUUCAAUAUUGGAAGAGCCCCAGAGCAAAAAUCUUACUCAUCAAUCAUGUAGAUCACAUACUGAAAUUGAGAAAUCUUAUAUUGCUUCCAUUUCAGAACUCUCUUCUCCAGAAGUGAUCAAAAUUAAAAAUCAUCAUGUUCAGCAAAGAGUGGAAAAGAAAGGUGUGCUCUCGCCAUUAGAGAUAUCUGUCGUAUCAGAAGGGACAGUGGGCAAAAGCACUGAACUCCUUCCAAUUAAACCACAUGAUAAAGUAUAUACCUCAUCUCUAGAAAAGACUUCAUUCUCAGAAGUGUGCAGAAGUAAGUCACACAAACAACAAAGCAGUGCACAGAUACGGCUGGAGAGUUCCCAUUCUUCUAAGUUAUUAGAACCCACAAAAUCACCUGAAGUAAGAAUUGAAAAUAGAGAUGCAGAGAUCCCAAAGCGAAAGACUGCAGAGCAGCACAGUUUUGGAAUCUGUAAAGAGAAGAGAGCUAGAAUAGAAGAUGAUCAGUCUAAUCGUAAUGCUCCAUUGACGAGUCCAUCCGAGAAAGAGCAGCCACCUAGAGAAGAGCCCCGAGUCCCACCCCUCAAGAUUCAACUUUCAAAAAUUGGGCCACCUUUUAUUAUCAAGAGUCAACCUGUUUCAAAACCAGAACCUAGGGUUUCCCAGAGUACAUCAGUCAGCAGCGGGAGGAACACUGGGGCUAGAACUCUUGCAGAUAUCAAGGCAAGAGCUCAGCAAGCUAGAGCCCAGAGAGAGGCUGCAGCCGCAGCUGCUGUGGCAGCAGCUGCAAGCAUAGUCUCUGGAGCAAUGGGGAGUCCCUGCGAAGGUGGGAAGACAAGAACACUGGCACACAUCAAGGAGCAAACAAAGGCCAAACUAUUUGCAAAGCAUCAAGCCAGAGCCCAUUUACUCCAGACCAGUAAAGAAGCAAAGUCUCAGCUCAGUUCAAAGGAAGGUCCUUCGUACGUAGAGACCUCGACUCCUUCUGACACAAAGAUUGAAGUUUCUACUGGUGUCAUUAUAGUUAAUCCUAACUGCAGGUCUCCUAGCAACAAGUCUGCUCACCUCCGUGAGACUAACACUUUACUGCAGCAGUCACUUAACACAGCUGCAUUGCCAGAAACUGCUACGGACAUAUCUGUGCACAGUUCUGAUGAAAACAUACCUAUGCCACAUUUGUGUGAGAAAAUUAUCUCAUCUACCUCCACUGAAAGUAACAAUGUGCCAGUGCUUUAUAGUAAAAAUUCAGUCCCUGCGUCUGUUUGCAGCACUGCUAUGUCGGGAACAAUUCAAGAACUUCCCUUUGCAAGUUCUCUUGAUAAAUCCUCUGUUUUAAUGUCUGUUGACAGUACAAACACAACAAUUUCGGCUUGUAAUGUAAACAUGCUGAAAUCCACCCAAGGGGUUGAUACUCCAUGCAUUGCCAUUGUACCAAAAUGUAUUGAUAACACUGUUGUUCCAACCUCAAUAGACAGUACAGUCUUAUCAAAUUCAAUUGAUGAGAAAAGGUUGCCAGUAUCAAGUAGCAGUGCAAAUAAUGCAGUCUCCAGUCAAUAUACCACUGUGCCGACUUCGUCCAUUGCAAGUAAUUUGCCAAAUCAUCUCCCAGGUAGUUCUGUACUGAUUCCCCCAGUGGGGACUACUGCUAGAUUUUCUUCUGAUAAGAUAGCCAUAACUGGAUGCAGUGAGCAAAGUACUGUAUCCAUUAACAGUACUGUUAGAGCGGCUUUAAGCUGCAGUGAUGCGGCUGCAGUAGAUUCUGUUGCAAGACCACCCAUUUCAAUGUUUACUGGUAAUAUGGUGACAAUAAGUUCUUACGACAACACUGCUAAAUUAAGUGCUGACAACUUGGAAAAAAGUUCUGGACCACGAAACCGAAUAGAUCUGUCCAGUAAAUCUCAGCCAGUGAACUUUACACAAACAGCCAUGAACAGGUCUAUACCUUGUAAAGUCAUUGUUGACCACACUACGACAUUAAAUUCCAGUUUGUCACUGGCUGCUUCCAUUGAAAAUGCAGAAAACAGCAUAGAUCUGCAGAGCAGACUUGUGAGGGCAGAAACUGCCUUACAAAAUAUAGCAUGUCCUCAGGUGUCUGUAAUAAGCAGGCCUGAAAUAGUCAGUAAUGAAAGCCUUGAGCACAGUUCCAGCUUCAUAACUGUUACAGCAAAGCAAGAGGGCAAAACCUUGCAGGCAGCUUGUACAAGUCUUCAAGAAGUGCCUCUUACUCCUCAAGAUAAAUUAAUUGAGGUUGUUGCCCCCAGCCAAGGUUUUGUGGAGCAGUUACGAGGUCCUUCAGCCUUUAAAAGUGAAGCAGAUGCUGCCUGUGUCAAUCAGUAUAACACUAAUAGCAGAAUUUGCUGGCAUGAUGAAGAGGCAAUGCACACAGACCAGCCAGUGGUCAGCCAUCUUAACCCAAAUAAGCAUAAAGAAUAUACAGAGCAAAACUGUUUAAAAAAUGUCAAAACUGAACCUUCAAGUUACAUGCAAAUGUCAGAGUUGCAGUCAAGGAGUCUUAUGACAAGCAUCGCUGUUCCUGUUAAAUCAGAAACUACCGAAGCUGACAAGUGCUUUAGGAUGGACACUGAAGAUUUUACCGGACCUGAAAUGCCUAGCCAGACUGCAGAAAUAGCCACAAGUGCACAGCCGACACAAACCUCCAAGACAUCUGUUACGGAUUCCAUGGAGGACUCUUUGUCAUUGACAACAGAAACCCUAAAAAGAGUUACAAGUGCUGGAAGCUCUAGCUGUCGUUUGUCAUCAGUUGAGGCCAACAAUCCUCUAGUGACACAGUUACUGCAAGGCAACCUGCCUUUGGAAAAAGUGCUGCCGCAGCCCAGAUCAGGAGCCAAACUAGAAAUUAACAGGCUUCCCCUGCCUUUGCAAACUACCUCAGUGUGUAAAACAUCAGCAUCUGAGAGAAGUAUGGUUGAAAAUCCUUCCAGCUCACCCAAUCCAGAUGGUAAAGGAUUUACAGCAGGCAGCAUAGCCCCACUGCAAAUUAGAAAGCGUGAAAACCAUCCAAAAAAGCGGAUGGCCAGGACUGUGGGGGAGCACACUCAAAUGAAAUGUGAGCUUGGGAAGCUAUCAAUGGACACAGAUGUUAAAGUGGCUCCUUGUGUAAUCAGUUCCAACAUGAAUCAACUAGGGCAUGGUCAGCCAUUUAAACAAGAGUGGCUGAGCAAACAUGCAGUUCAGAACAGAAUUGCUCACAGUCCAGAGAUCAAGCAGCAGAAGAGGCCACUGCCUUCGUGCAGUUUCCAACAGAACUUAUUUCACAUUGACAAAAAUGGCAGUUUUCAUGCAGAAGCUAGUACCUCACACAGACAGCAUUUUUACCAAAUGUCCAUGGCUGCAAGAGGCCCCAUUCCUACGGCAGCUUUGUUGCAAACUACUUCAAAAGUCCCAUCUGGCUGCAAUGCGUUUGCUUUCAGUAGGCACCUGGAACAGAAGGGUUUGGGAGAGGUCAAUAUUUCUGCAGCAGCUCACCAGCUGAGGCUAGGAAGUGUUUUUUCCCCUAAUAUUCAAAUUAAGGAAGGUGAUGACAUUGCUAGUGCCUCACAAACUCUCCAGAAUAAAACAUUAGUGCAUCCUCCUCCUCCUCCUCCUCCCCCUAUUCCAAACGCAGAAGUCCCAUCUGAUCAAAAACAACCGACAGUUACUAUGGAAACCACUAAAAGACUUAGUUGGCCUCAGCCAGCAAGCAUCUGUAGCAAUAUAAAAUCUGAACCUGUUUCUUUUGAGGAAGGUUUAAGCAGCAGCUGCGAACUGGGCAUAAAACAAGCUUCCUACGAUCAGAAUGAAGUAAAAGAACAGUUAAAAGCAUUUGCAUUAAAAAAUGCAGAUUUCUCUUCCUAUUUACUUUCUGAGCCACAGAAGCCUUUUACCCAAUUAGCGACUCAGAAAAUACAAACACAGCACCCACAGCAGCAGCAGCUCUGUGGAAAUUAUCCAACUAUACACUUUGGUAGCACAAGCUUCAAAAGGGCAGCAUCUGCGAUUGAAAAAUCUAUUGGAAUUUUGGGAAGUGGCUCAAAUACUGCUACAGGUCUGUCUAAUCAGAACGUUCCGAUUCCGGUUCAGAAAUUUGCUGACAGCAGCAAUGCAGAUGAACUGGAACUGAAAUGCUCUUGCAGGCUGAAAGCCAUGAUAGUGUGCAAAGGCUGUGGAGCCUUCUGCCAUGAUGACUGCAUAGGCCCUUCAAAACUGUGUGUAGCUUGUUUGGUUGUACGGUAGAAACUGAGUCAAAGAUGCAGUAUCCCUUCUCAGCAUGGGAGAGCAGAACAAAGAAGUGGAGAAAUUGUAACA